AUGGCUGGAUCACCAAUAAAAACAGCUGCAAUGGCUGUCGGUGUUGCAUUAGGAAGUGGUGGUAUAAUGGUUCUUGUUGGUUUACUUGUUGUUGGAAUGGUAAUACUGUCACUUAUUCCUAUUUAUGGACCGAAUCACAGCCAACAAGGCGCUGGAGAGAUAUAUCGUAUUCAAUCAUUACCAAUUAAAGUUCUAUUUGCUAAUCUCACCCCAUCAACAAAUUUUAGUGGUGGAAGUGUUUUGAAUAUGGCUGAACUAUCAGCUAUUUGUACGUCAAUUUUUCGUGCGAAAAAUAUUAAAGAUUUUUAUGGAUGUGUAGCAACAAAUUUUACUGUGUAUGGUCUAGCUAAUGAUUCAACUUCAACUACUCGUCGCCGUCGACAGCAGAUUGUUGGUGAGAGUAGCACUUAUGAAAUUGGUGAUAUAUUAUUACUUUUUUCCAAUACAUGUGGAAAUAAACGAGCUCUUGGAAAUUGGUAUUCGCGACUGCUGAAUGGACAAAAUAGUUCAUGUGUUGCUCGACGUGCAGCUGCUUGUAAAUCAUUUAUUACAACACCUAAUAAUGGUGCGGUCACCAUUUCAAAUCAAUGGUUUCCAUUUCCUAGUUUUUAUUCACAAAUAGUUACUACAAAUGUAACUAGUUGUGCUGCAUUAACUAUUAAUAGAAUAUAUAAUGUACCAAUCGGAGCAUAUGGGAUUGUAUAUGGUUCUACUCAAUUUAAUAUAACUAGACCUUCAGGUGCAGUGCCGAAUGAUUGUAAAUAUGAUUCAAUUGUGUCACAAGCACAAAUGCAAGCUCUAGUUAGUAAUCAAACAGCUUCAGCUUCAACUAUAACUACAACUCAAUGUUCAAGUGUUAUUGGUUAA